UUCCCUAUCUUUCUUCAUCUGUCGCAACAGACACAAGCUCUUGGUUUCUCGGGUUUUAAGCAAGGAAGAAGGGAAGACAUAGAGAGAGAGAGAGAGAGAGAGAGAGAGAGAGAGAGUAGUACUGUUUCUGUCUUCCCAACAGAUGUCUGUUUCAGCAGCUUGAAACCUUCCAUGUUUCUGUUUUUAGCAGGAUUCUAAUAAGAUGGGGUUUUCCAUUCAAAACUCAAGAUGAUGGUUUGAUUCAAGAAAGACCCAUCAAAUAAAAAGAUCUUUAGAGAGAGGAAAGAUGCAGUCUGGUUAUGGAGUUCCUAAGAUUCAACAAUUCAUGGUGGAUGGCUCUUUUUCUUCUCUCUUACAACAUCAGCAACAACAGCAGCAGCAGCAGCAGAGAUUUCACCAUCUUCAAUCCAUCCCAAUAACUCAACAGUUCUUUCAACAGCAGCAGCAGCAGCAGCACCAGUUUCAGGUCUUUCAACAACAGCAGCAGCAGAGGAGACUGCACCAGCAGCUGGGUCUGGACAUCGACUCCGGCCCGGAGAACUCAAACUCGCCUUCUCGAUUCAUUGCCAGCAACGGCGGUGGCGGCUUUUCUUUCAUUGCUGCAAAUUUCAAGUUGGCAGCAGCAGCAAAUGAGAACAGCAGCAGACAGGAGACCUUAAACGACGAUGAUCCAAUCGGAAGAGAAGACGCGUCUGAUAGUCGGACGACGGUGGCUGUUCAUCCAUGGCAGCAGCAGAGGGAAGAAGACUCCUCCAUUAAAGAACCUUUCUGGAAGCCUUUAGAUGUGGAAUACAUAAACAAGAACAACAAGAGAUGCAAAGAGAAGAUGGAGAACUCCAACAAAUUCAGCAAGAAAUCCGACAAAUGCAAUGAAAAUGAAGAAGGCAAGAACAGCGACAGCAAUUAUGUGCUAUUUGGAGAGCUUGAAGCCAUCUACGCCCAAGGCGGCGGCGGAGGAGUAAAUAACCAGACGGGUUCUGGCUCAGCUCUCACCGGCGACAACAACCCACCUGCAGCAGCUGUACUACCAGGCCCACCUAGCGGUCCUAUCAGUGGCAUUGAUCAUGGAUCGGAGACGUUUAACGGAGAAGAAGCGUCACUAAAGAAGCUUCAGAAGAGCAGGAAAAAGAAGAAGAGAAAGCACUUAGGUUCAGUUGCCACUUUCUUCAAGAGCCUUGUAAAGAAGGUGAUGGAUCAUCAAGAGAGUCUGCACCGGAAAUUCUUGGAAGUGAUGGAGAAGAGAGAUCAGGAGCGGACGAAGCGAGAGGAGACGUGGCGGCAGGAGCAAACCACCAAAUUGAGCUGUGAGGCGAUCGCCAGGACCCAAGAACGGGCGAUCUCUGCUAGCCGAGAAGCCGCCAUUGUCAGCUUCUUGGAGAAAAUCACUGGCGAAAGCAUUAAUCUCCUAAACACCCAUCAAUUCCAAUGCAACUCUCAAUUUCAGGAAGAAUCAUUCAAGGAAGAGAAUAUCAUUGAACAACCAAAAACCAUCCAUGACAAGAACAGCAGUGAAAACAACAUGAACAUGACGAAUACAAGGAGAUGGCCGAAAACUGAAGUUCAGGCCUUGAUUCGGGUCAGAAGCAGCUUGGAAUCGAAAUUCCAAGAACCAGGUUUGAAAGGGCCUCUUUGGGAAGAAGUUAGUUCUUCAAUGGCUUCCUUGGGAUAUCAAAGAAAUGCAAAGAGAUGCAAGGAGAAAUGGGAGAACAUCAACAAAUACUUCAGAAAAACCAAAGACUCUGCAAAGAAAAGAUCCCAACAUUCCAAAACCUGCCCUUAUUUCCACCAACUCCAUCAGCUGUAUUCAAAAUCUUCCAACCUUCCUACCACUGUCAAACAACAACAGCAGAUAGAUAGUUCAGAACUCUUAGAUGCGAUCAUCGUUGCUCCUCAAACAGAUCAAGAGAACGCGCAAAACCUAUCUCUGGAAUUCAAUGCAAAAGAGAUCGACGGCAUGUGUCGGAGCUACAAGUUCUCAGAAAUGGUGUCCAUGAGGUUGGAGAAUGAGAGUGAUAACAAUGCCAAUGAAGGUAGUAGUGCUAGGGCUGGAAAGCAACUGUUUGGAAAUGAAGAGGAGUAUGAGGAAGGUGAGGGUGAUGAUGGUGAUGAUAGUGUUGAAGGAGAAGGAGAAAACCAAGAACAUGUGAAAAAUCAAGGAAUUGGAAGAGAGAAUGGUGGAGAGGAGGAGCAUCACCAAAAGCAUAUGUUUUUCUUGCCUUGAAAUCAUAAGCUUUUCAAUGGCAAUGCAUGGGGUUUUCUCAAACUUCAAUUUUAGUCUUCUUCUUCUCCUCUCUUCCUUUCUUUUGAUCUCUUGUUAGUGAAUUUUGAAUUUUGAUUUGAACUGAUAUUAGCCAUUGCUUACAUGGCCUAAAUACUCA